UAAUUGUCUUCUAGUGAUGGUCGUGGUCGUACCUUCAGAAGGGAGAGUCCAGCAGCAGCAGCAGCCUCCACUAGCAGCUCCCACUCCUCAGAUGCUGCAGAGCUGCACCUCACAGACAAAACCCAACAGGAUCCAGGAGCACAGCUGCUCUCUGAUGACACUCCCAACGAUGACCCACAGAGGAGCUGUGAAUCCUGUGCUGAAGUUCCAGACACCAGCCACUGGGUCCUGGUGGAGCCUGAAGUCUCUACAGAGAAGAGCAUCUCAACCUACAGCCUGAGCUCUCCUGCAGGGAGCUAUGAGUGCUCAGAGUCUGGUCUGCGCUGGUCGUGUGCCGGUCCAGUCACCCUGCAGUACCGCUUCACAGACUGGCAUGUCUAUGCUGAAGAUCUGGCCCAGAUGCAGUCCAGACCAGCUGGUCCUCUGAUGGACAUCAGCCUCAUGUCAGGAGAGCUGGAGGAGAUCCAUCUGCCACAUUUCCUGUGUUUGGGGGGUUGUGAGGCGUCUGUGCGUGAUGCUGUGAGGGUCCUGCAUGGGCGGGACAGCGGAGUGUGUGUGGAGGUGUGUGAGAUGACCAGACGCCAUGCCAGGCUUCUCCACCCAUCCUUCUCUCUGUUUGGGCUGGUGUAUUACCUGAGGGAUCUGCUUUCUCCCAAAGUCCACUGUGAGCUGCUGCUCUUCUGCACCCGCCCCACUCCCCUGACUCUCCACGCCUACCUGGUGCCUAAAGACCCUGCUCUCAUCCGGGACAUCCACCAGGAGGAGAAGCUCGAGGGGGUGAGGAUCCGCAAACCCGGCGCCGUGGGCCCGCUCCCGCUUGAGACCAGCGUCCACGUGAGGACGUCGUGCCGGUCGGAGAUCCAACCCGAGGUGAUUAACCUGUGGCCCCACUCCACUGCUAACUUCUGUGAGGUUUACAUGGACCAGCCAGAGGAGGGCUUUGAUAUGAAGGUCAUCAGCUCUCAGCACACAGAGCCCAUCUGGAGAGCCAAGAUCCGCAGAAACGACUACUUGCAGCCCAGCAGGAGCCCAGGACAGGUCGGCAGCCAGGCGGCAGUUCGCUUUGUGGACGAGAAGAGGGCAGAGCUCAUCAGCAGGGUGACAGAGGUGAUGCCCAUAGCUGACGAGCUCCUCUCCCAGGGAGUCAUCGUCCGGGAGACCUACUCUAACAUCCAAGCUGCUCCCACCAGUGAGGACAAAAUGAGGGUCCUUUAUGAGGGCCUGCACUCAGCUGGAGCUCAGGGCAAACUGGCCUUCUACAGGAUCCUUCAGGCACAGCAGCGCCUCCUAGUGGAGGAUCUUACAGAAGGUCAGAACAGCAGUCAAACUGUGGCUCCUUCAGUGUCUCAUAACCAAGUCCAGAGAGACGUGAACAUCACAACUCAUAUUGCCGUCCAACCAUCACCAGCAGUCAACACAGACAGGAGGUCGGGAAACUUGAACAAGAGCCAGAGCUGUUGGUGUUGUUGGCAGAGAAAAUAAAAUUCAACAAAGAGUCCCGUUUCCGGACGUCAUCGUUCAUACCAUUCAGCCAAUCACAACGCAAGGAAAUAACCCACCGGUUACAUAUAGUUCUAGAGCUCCUUGGGUUCAUAUGAAGUUAAGAUGAAAAUGUCUCUCAAAUUAACUCAACCCUGAGGAGCCCCUUCUAGAAGACACCUACAAGAGGAGGAUGGAUCUCUUAAUCUGAGCUCAGGUCUCUCAGAUGAACUUUAAUCUGAGCUCUGGUCUCUCAGAUCAACUUUAAUCUUAGCU